AUGUUGCUCAUAAUUUUAAUAAACACUUUAUCGAUUGCGGCAUUAUGUGUUGGUUUAGAGAGACAAUCUCAAUGUCCUAUACAAACAAAAAUUCCAAUAUGGUUAAUCGUUUAUGGAGCAUUUGGUGUUUUCACAAGUGUAUUUACAAUCAUUACAGGUAGUGUUUGGGUUUUCAAAGUGAAAUCAUCUGUUCAAUUUACAGAUCCAACUAUAUUGAAUACUUAUUGUGAAAAACAUACAUUUAAUUUUGCAUUUGGUUUAAUUCUUUUCAUGUAUUCAUCAACAGGUUUAUUUUGUUGUUGUGUAUGUUGUUUAGGUUGUCUUUUUGCUUUUGUUUUACAUGAUGAUGAUUAA